UUCAGUGCGGAAGAGGAGUUGUUGCCCAACAAAAGAAAGACGCAGUUUGUUGGCAGUGGGGGUUUUUGUUUUCGCCAAGUGACCUGAACGAUUUUCAAGUUUCAAAAUGUGCAACGGCUGUGUGCAAAAAGAAUACCCGGACCGGGGCAACACUUGUCUGGAGAACGGCUCCUACCUGAUGAACUUCCUGGGCUGCGCCAAGUGCAACCACAGGGACUUCGUGCUGAUCAGCAAUAAAGCCACAGAGGAAGAGGAUGGAGAGGAGAUCAUCACAUAUGACCAUGUUUGCAAAACAUGUGACCAUGUUGUUGCCAGGCAUGAAUAUACUUUCUCUGUCGUUGAUGAAUACCAGGAGUACACGAUGCUCUGCAUGCUGUGUGGAAAGGCCGAGGACUCAAUCAGUGUGUUACCAGAUGACCCCAGACAGUCUGCACCGCUCUUCUAGAUCUCUAACUUGUAGGUCAUGAUUUGCUUUUCAAAUCAAGUGUCACCACCACGGACGUGUUGAUGGCGUUGUUCCAACCCUUUAAAAAAAAAAAAAAUCCUUUCAAGGUUUUAUUUAAACCAUAUUUUAAGCACAUGGCUGUUUGUAAACUUGUGUGCUGAUAUCAGUUGAGCAGGACAUACAACCUUUUAUUAUCUCCUAUUACACAACACAAAUAUUCUGUAUGUGAACUGAAAAUGUACUGUAAAUAAACAUUUCUUUACAACAGUA